AUGGCUAUAGCAUAUGGGUAUUUGCAGUGGAAAUGCGAGAUGCGCUGGAUCGAACCGAAAAAAGAGACAGAUAGUAUUUUUUUCGAAAACAGACCCGUCUUCGUGGGCCUCGGACAGGUUAACAGGCUGAUUAUCGGAUCAUUGUUCUUUGUAAGUAACCUCCCUUCCGUGCUCGCAUGGGCAAUCAGUUACAGUACAACUACAGUGUAUCAGUCGUACGUGUAG